UGUAACCUGGUCAACUGUGUGACCUGAAAAAAUGUCUGGAUUUCUAGAAGGCUUGAGAUGCUCAGAAUGCAUUGAUUGGGGGGAAAAACGCAAUACUAUUGCUUCCAUUGCUGCUGGUGUUCUAUUUUUUACAGGCUGGUGGAUUAUCAUAGAUGCAGCUGUCAUUUACCCCACUAUGGAUGAGUUCAACCAUUCAUACCAUGCCUGUGGCGUUAUAGCAACCAUCGCCUUCCUAAUGAUUAAUGCAGUAUCGAAUGGACAAGUCCGAGGAGAUAGUUACAGUGAAGGUUGCCUGGGUCAAACAGGUGCUCGCAUUUGGCUGUUCAUUGGUUUCAUGUUGGCCUUUGGCUCUCUGAUUGCAUCUAUGUGGAUUCUCUUUGGUGGUUAUGUUGCUAAAGAAAAAGCCGUAGUAUACCCUGGAAUUGCUGUAUUUUUCCAAAAUGCCUUCAUCUUUUUUGGAGGACUGGUUUUUAAGUUUGGCCGCACUGAAGACUUAUGGCAGUGAAACAUCUGAUUUAUUGCUCCUGUCCAGCAGCCCUGCAUGGGUUUGCUCGGUUGUGUUUGUUUUUUAUUUUUAAUACUAACUCCCAAUCUUUUGUAAUGGCAUUUUCUAAACUUAUUUCUGAGUGUAGUCUCAGCUUACAUUUGUGUGAUACUAAAAUCAUGAGAAAUCGCUAUUUAAACAAUAACAACAAAAAUCUAUUGUGGUAUGCAUUUGAUUAACUUAUCAAAUGUUAAGGAAAAGUAUUCCACGUGAGUAAGUUUUGUUAAGUUUCAUCAUGGUAUAAUUGUAAAAAUAAAAAUAAAUCAGAAAAGAAAUUGUGGAUA